AUGUACGAGAUGUGCUGGUGCCGCGAGACGGCUGAACAAAACUGUACAGAGUAUGGUGACUUCUCUGUCGUGGCGGGCGCUUUCGUGUAUGUCGGGCCCAACAUGCGCACACAGCUGAAUUCGUACGUGCUCGGAGAUUGGGUGUCCUUCAAGGUAACAGAAUUGUAUGGAACCGGCCUAACGACCAAAGAUCGCGCAAGAGUCAUGCGCCAAUGUGGCCAAGAAGACCCUUCAGACCUCAACAUCACCGCCGUCUACGAUGAGAUGGGUCACUUAUUUGACUUUGGCAGGCUCUCCGCUUCUGACGGCAUGCUGGCGCUGACUUACAAGGUAUGCUGGUGCCAGCCUACUCCUGCACGCGGUCACCUGUGC